AUGCAUCUCUCCUCAUAUCAGUGCCUCUUGCUGGCGUUGUCGGCUCUGCCCACGGCAUUUGGCAAGUCGUUCUCGCACCAUUCCAAGGUGCCAAAGGGUUGGCAUGUCGACGAAAACGCCCGCGUCUCUGCUGCAAAGCAGCAAGUCUUCAGCAUUGCACUGACUAUGCAAAAUGUGGACCAGCUGGAGUCCAAGCUGCUUGAUCUUUCCACUCCCGGGGGCGAAAACUAUGGCCAGUGGUUGUCACACGACGAAGUCAAGUCAACCUUCUCUCCUUCGAAAGAGGCCGUUUCUAGCGUCACAAAGUGGCUCAAGUCCAGCGGCGUCAAGAACUACAAAGUGAACGGCGCUUUCAUUGACUUUGCCAUCGACGUUCCCGGAGCCAACUCCCUGCUGGGAGGUGACUAUCAAUAUUACGUCAAGGACGGCCAGACCAAGUUGCGAACCCUUUCGUACUCCAUCCCCAAUUCCCUGGCAGAGCACAUUCAAUACGUGGAUCCAAGCAUCAACUUCGGAGCCACCUCGGCUUUCACCCCCAUCUCUCGUCCGUCGCGGACUACUGUCACCAAGCGCAACAAUGCAGCCUCAAAGAGCUCCGUUGAUGCUUCAUGCCAGACAAGUAUCACUCCUUCUUGCUUGAAGCAACUGUACAACAUCGGAGACUACACCCCCGACGCGGAGUCCGGAAGCACUAUUGGCUUCAGCAGUUUCCUCAACCAAUCUGCCCUCUUCUCUGAUGUAUUCCAGUUUGAGGAGAAGUUUGGUAUCCCCAAGCAGAACUUCACCAAGGUCUUGAUCAACAACCCGGUCAAUGACCAGAGUCCCACCAGCAAGAACUACGGCGAGGCUGAUUUGGAUGCUGAGAACAUUGUUGGAAUCGCCCAUCCUCUUCCUUUUACUGAGUACCUCACAGGAGGUUCACCACCCUUCGUCCCCAAUAUUGACCAGCCUACUGCUGCUGACAACCAGAAUGAGCCUUACCUGCCGUAUUUCCGGUACCUCUUGACCCAGAAGGAUCUCCCUGCCGUUAUCUCUACCUCGUACGGUGACGAAGAAGACGGCGUCCCACGAGAAUAUGCCACCCUUACCUGCAACCUCAUUGGCCUUUUGGGUCUCCGAGGUAUCACCGUCAUCUUUUCUUCCGGCGAUCUUGGAGUGGGUGCUGGAUGCUUGGCUCCUGACUACAAGACUGUCGAGUUCAACGCCAUCUUCCCCGCCACCUGCCCUUACUUGACUUCCGUCGGUGGUACUGUUGAUGUCACUCCUGAGAUUGCCUGGGAUGGAUCGUCUGGAGGAUUCAGCAAGUACUUCGCCCGACCUAGUUACCAGAACCAGGCCGUCAAGACAUACAUGAAGACCGUGUCAGACAAGACCAAGAAGUACUACGCUCCUUACACCAACUGGAACGGCCGAGGUUUCCCUGAUGUCUCUGGACACAGUGCCUCGCCUGGCUACGAGGUUAUCUACGGUGGGAAGCAGGCCAGAAGCGGGGGUACCAGCGCUGCGGCUCCUGUUUGGGCUGGUAUUGUUGGUCUGUUGAACGACGCCCGAUUCCGGGCUGGUAAGGGAAGCUUGGGCUGGUUGAACCCUCUUAUCUACAAGUAUGGACCCAAGGUCUUGACAGAUAUUACUGGGGGCUACAGCAUUGGAUGCGACGGCAACAACACUCAGACCGGCGGGCCAGAACCCGCCGGGUCUGGUAUUGUUCCCGGCGCUAGGUGGAACGCUACUGCUGGAUGGGAUCCUGUGACUGGAUAUGGCUCACCUGACUUUGGAAAGUUGAAGGACCUAGUUCUGAGUUUUUAA